AUGACUGAAACAUAUGACAUUCACUUAUUUCUCGCAAAGGACAACCUGGUCAAUACGGGUGCUGCUAGCCGAAGGGCAAGACGGCAUCUCCGUUCUGCAGUGGUUGGGUGGAAGGAAGGAAGCUUGUUUGGGAGGCGACCUGGAAGCUGCUACGCGGCCGCCGCCGCUCAGUUAAGAGGUGUUAGUUACAUCACUACGUACGUUGGUGUCUCGAAACUCAAAGUAGGCAGCGGUCGAGGGGCAAAUAUAAAUAUCUUUCCGGAUCGAUAA